AUGGAGUUUACAGCUACUGAGGCCCAGGGACUCCAGAUUUCAGCCAGCUUGACUGGGAAUUUUUGUUCAUUGCCAGCAACUCUACAUUCCCUCUUAUCUCACCCCUCACUUGAUGGCUUGCUUCUACCCAAGAUGGAGCCUCUUGCCAACCUUGAACAUGUCUUUGAGAUGCCUUCGAUUCCAGACAAGGUUACUACUAAGAAAAAAAAGGUUGUAAUUGAGGCUCAGCCUAUGGCAUCAGGUCCAUCAGCAGUGAAUACUGCAGCUGCCUUGUCAGGCAAGAAGUUGUCUUGCAAAAAGAAAAAAACUGUCAAUGAGAGCAACAAAUAUGUUGAAUCUGAUGACAAUGAGCCUAUUGAGAAACCUAAGUGCAAGCAGGCCCGGCCUGCUGCUAUUGGUGUAGACCAACCUACUGAAGUCAUUCAAACUGCAAAGGAGGUUUCUCUGCUUACAUUUGUUGAUUUAGAGCAACUUCGCCUUGAGACUUACAAGGCUCAGACCGAUUGCCUCCAUGCGCAUAUAGAGUAUCACAGGCUCGUUGCAGAACAAGCUCGCAUACAAUCCAAACUCCAGCUCCACAACAGCCAGAUUGACAUGAACAAUCAGCAGGCACAAUACUACCAUUGGAGUGCAUGGGGAAUGUUCCACUCCACUUCUGACAAAGCAGGAAAACAUUUGUUUGUCAUUCCUGCAGAUAACACCCACACAGUUGAUACAUGCAAGGUCUCUGGCAAAGUUGACGACCUUGAUAUCAGUCUCUCAGCAAAGUGGGAGCCACUUUACAUUAAGUUUCCUACACAUGCUUCUGCUGCAACUGCCGCUGUGCAGGUAGCUUCUCUUCCUUGCUACUUUGACACCUCGUAUUUAGAAGAUGGAGCCGACUCGGUUCCCCCCCCACACACUGCAUAA